AUGGCGGCGCUUAAUCCAUCUUCUCCAAUUGUUUUUUCGAUAAGAGUCUGUUUUAUUUCGUGUAGUAGAGCUCCCUUCAUGCCUCCUGUUCGUGCUUCCCCUCCAUCACCAGGUCUAAUGUUCGUCACGUGGGUGAUAAAGGAUUUCAAGUCUUUGCAACACCCAAUUACGUCACCGGAAUUCGAAAGCGGUGGCUGCAAAUGGCGUGUAGGGGUCAAUCCCAAUGCGAACAAUAGCAUCUGCGUGUAUUUGACUGUGAGUGAUUGGGGAAAGUUGCCUCGUGGAUGGAAAAUCAAGGCAAAGUUUUGGCUCGCUAUAAAAAGUCCAUACCAACGUAGAGCAACACGUGAUGACCCGAACUAUUUUGAUUGGUACUGUCCUGCGUGGGGUGUAAACUUGUUGGACCGUAGCGAACUUGAUGAUGGGUUUCUUGAUGAUCACGGUGAUCUCAGUAUUGAAGCUCACGUAGAGGUUCUCUUCAAAUCUGGUCUUCAGACGUGUUGCUGUGGCAAGGGCUUUAGACAACAUGUUCGAUGA